AUAUUAUAUUUUAAUAUAUAAAUCAUUUCUGUACCAAAAUAUUUCAUUGUAACAUUUCUGUAUUAUUAUACAGAGAAUUUGUUCAUAUAUUUGUAGAUCAGUUCUAUACGAAAGUUUUUUAGUCUUCGAUAGAAAUUUACACUUUGCUAUAAAUAUUUAAAAUUCCGGAAGUCAAAAUUAUAUUUUUGAGUUGUCUCGUUAUGUCAUGUAGAGUCACGUACAGAAAAUCCAAACCAUAAACACAUCAUUUUGAAGAACUAUAAAAUGUACAAAACUUCUGCUUAUUUCACAACCAAGAAUGGACGAAAAAUAAUUCUUACGGGAGCGGCUGCAUUCGGGUUUAUUUUAUUUGCUGGAAAUUUUUUCCCUCAUACACUGUUUCUACAUAAAUACAAAGAAGUAGUAGCGUGCUAUAAGGAAGGUAUUGAAGUUCCAGUUCCUGAAAAAGUGAAAACAUAUUUGAAAACUGCCUACGAAAAGCUUGGAAUGCAUCCUUGUUACCAAAUAAAUAUUCAACCUUUCACAGUAUUUGGGUUCGAUAUAUUUGAAGGCGGAUCAACACAUUAUCGUUUUGGUUGUGUAAUCGGAAUACCUACUAAUUUCUGUUAUGAGUCUGAAGAAGACGUUGAUUACCAGUUUAUGAGACUUCGUAAUGAAAAGAUAAUAUGGGAUAGUGAAGAUGGCAAAUUUUUGAAAAAAUCUUUGGUGUUUACAGAAGAUGAAAAGUUAUUUGCUAUUUGUAAAUCCAUUUUACAACUACAAACACAUCGAGUGCUAUUGAAUUCGAUAUUUCCAUCACUUUCUUUUUUGUCUAUGUACGCAAUUGCUACUAGCUUAAAUCAAAAAUUGAAUCUAUACGCUAAGCCGCUUUCAGUUAGAGUAAUUAUGUAUUCAAUAUUGGGAUUUUUUGGUUUUGGAACCUGGGCGUUUUUGAAAGAUUUUAAUCAAGUUUUGUAUGAUAUUUCUAUUGAUAAGACACUUGCAAAGCUAGGUCCUGAAUUCGUCCUGGCAGGAAUAUCUUACUAUGGGAAAAUUCUAAAGCGUAAUAUUGCUUUUGAAAACUUAGUUGGUAGUGGGAAAUAUUCUUCCACCGGAAAUGAAAACUUCCUUGUGAGGCAAAAAAGUCUUCCAAUAACUUAUCGCAAAGCGUUUUUUGAAUCAAAACUACAGGAACUUAAUAAAAAAUUAAACCAAAUGGCUUUAUAAUUACCAAAACAUUUAUUUCAAAUAAACUUACAUACGAACAUUGCACGUACGUAUGUAUGUGGUUUAUA